CGGUCUCAUUGCGGUUUGGACAGUUUGCAUGCAAAAAUGCAGAUAGUUAUUGUUUUGUUUUGGUUGUUUGUUAUUUCUGUGGUUCGGUGUCUGGAUUCAAACAUUAUCCGCUCCUCCAGGGAAAUGACCAUCUCUCAAGAGUCAGUGCUACACUUACGGAGUGACACAGUUGCAAAUUCUCAUAAUUAUGUUAGAAGAAGCUCAGCUCUCCAGGAAAUUAGAGAAGUUUUGCCUCCUGGGCAAGACUGCACCACUGGACAAGCAGCUGGAUGCAAAGGCUCCAAGAAACCACAUAAUUCUAUGAAGACAAAGAUUCAGCUGGAUGGCCGUGGAAAUAAAAAAGUACCGGAGAUGUCCCCUUGUGUGCGCUCGCGGGACUGCGAAGAGGGUCUUUGCUGCGCGCUCUACUUGACCGAAAGGAGAUGUCAGCGCGUUCCCGCCCUCGGUGAGGUAUGCCUGCUGCGGGGACGCGCCAAAUUCCGCCGGAGACUGGACCGCUGCGACUGCGAGAAGAGCAUGCAGUGUCGCGCGCGACCCGACAGCCCUCGUGGACAGGGCGUUUGUCUCCAUGAUGCGAGGAACUAGUAGAACUGUUUAACCGCAGGCAGCUGGCUAGGCGGAACAUGAUAUAUGAGUUAUGAAAUACAAAUAAAGCGUUUUAUAUCAUUGUUUUGCCUAUAAAGUGAGAUGUCAAUACAACAUCGGCUAUAAUGAUAAAAUCAAACGCACUGACGAUAGCGCGAGGUUUUGUGAUGUUUUUUCUUCCCUGCACCUUUAAAACUGUACAAACGUUUGAGUCGAGAGCCCUCUGCCGGGCAUUUCAGUGAGUAAAUAUUUGAUGUGUUAGUCAUGGUCUAGUGUUUCCAAACACACUUCCUGGAAGGCGUUGGUUGAGCUUCUUUCUAUACAGCAUGAAGAGGAAUUUGGCAAACACAGUAUAUAUCAAUAUAAUAUAGCCAAUAUGUACAUUUCUUGUCAUUUCUGUCUACAUUCUUCGCUCAUCUUCUAACGUUACUUUUUUUUGUUUCAAUUUCAUGCCAUUUGUGUCUUUUUUCAUGGUAUUAGCCUGAAUGCAUGAAAACAAUAAAUGCAUUAUCUUUGUUUAA